AUGCAUCCCCGGAGCGGACCAGAGUCUGUCGGUCCGCAUAUUGACUACAGGGGAAUGAUGUCUUAUCCUCGGUUGUGCGGCGUGAUGACUGACGGUGAGAUUGCCCAUACGAUGAGUACAGACCGAUUGUGGCUGUCGAAACCUCGUGGCUGUCGAUUACGCAUCAGUGUGAUGGAACAAAAGGCUGAGGAUGAAGAUGACGGUAUUGAUGUUGAUGAGGAGGAUGAAAAUAAACCGACAUGGAAAGAUCGGACAAUUGAGGACAAAAACGAAACUAGAGCGGACUUGACCUCGGUGGACCCAUGCAUUUGUCUGGAUGACAACGGCGUUGGAGUCGCUUUUCUGCUUGGCUUGGGGCUUCUUAUCAAGACCUAUCCUGGCGGCCGUGUAAUGCAAGCCGUAUUGGAGGAGAACGCGGUGAGGACUCGUGUGCAGGUACCACCAACAUGGGAUCAAAGCAGCUUUAUCACGCUCGCCAAAGUGUUCAGUCUACUUGCUCUAGCACUGGAGCGCAUAGAGUUCCUCGGUGUCCAUCAAGACAUGGAAAAGCCACUCGAAGAAGCGAGGUCGAAGAUUCAAGAUGAGCUCUUGGUGAGUAUUGCAGCCAGGACAAAUGACGCCGACCUCGGGGUUGCGGCACCGGUGCUGCCGUUUCUGCCUCUUGAUGGGCUGUGUGGACCUAGUCAGCGCCUUACUUUGGAGCAUUUCCAACAGAUAGUCUCCAGAAUAGUGCCAUAUUACGCCGUGGCGCCAAGAGACAAGUUCCAUCGAGCUUCAUGCGGAUGCCUAUUCCCUGGUGGACUGGCUGAGAUAGGCAAGACAUUGGUGGUUCCAGAGACGAAGAUCAUUCCUCGGCGAUUCUACGACGCCCACCGGAACAAGGAAUCGCAUCUUAAGGACAGGAUUGUUACUAUUCCUGAGGAUACACCUGUGGAUAACUACGUCGCGCUUUCGUACCCUUGGAACUCAUACGACUCUGAAGACCUGGAAAGGAUAAUCGCGACAGUCGACAGGGUGCUCAAGCACCGGUACUAUUGGGUUGACCGAUGGUGUAUAGAUCAAGAGAGCUAUGAAGACAAAGAAAGAGAGGUUCCAAAGAUGAAGGAUUACUACUCCAAUGCCGAGUGCACAUUGAUCCUCCCUGGAGUGGAAUUUCCUGCCGAACUUGCUCAAUUGAAGACCGAUGGCAUCAAGGUCCAAUUGUUCAAACCCGAGUUGGCUCAGCAAGUCAAGAACAUCUGGAGGGACUGCCAGUGGACCCGACGUUGCUGGACAUUACAGGAGGCUUAUAUGAGUAAACAAUGCAUCUUCUGGACAGGACAUGAAGAAGCUCCUCUUAUUCAUUGCACUCAGCUCAUUGGCAUACUACACAGUUCUCGGUUUGACAAUCACUACAUAAAUGCCCUUCCCUACUUACCGGUCGAUAUUGGUCAAUUUGGCGAAACAACGUUGGUCGGUAGGUCAUUGGCAAUCGCCGAGUCAACUGCAGAGUCCAUCUACCAGAGAUCCAUCGUCAGAUGCGCCGGUCAUGGAACCGUCCUCGAUGCGAACGCCUACAUGCGCCCACUGGCAGUCCUUGUUGACAAGAUUCGCGGUCGGGAAGCUACUCUGGAACUAGAUGAGUACUACAGUCUCUUCUCCAUGGCAUCAGACAAGCUUCCCGCUGUCGAUUACAAAAUCAACACCUUCCAACUUCUAGAAAGGAUGAUCAGCACCGGCGCCAUGGGUGCCAAUAUCCUCCUGACCAACAUUGGAAACAACUCCGAUGAUACAGGAACUUGGGUACCUCGCAGGUGCAUGCAGCGGGAUUAUUCAAUGAUGGGAAUGGAGGUCAACGCGCUACAGCCGACGAUAGCGGAUGGUGCAAUGAUAGUCAACGCAUAUUCGCUCACAAUGAUAACCGCGAGUGAAAACGGCGACGGUUUCGUUGCGGGCACUCAGAUGUCUAUGAUGUAUUUCCAACACUUUCCGGAAACAGAAUAUUCCAAGGAAUCGACAAUGGAAGUGAUUAUAUCUGGCAUGAUUAGUCGCAAGUUGAAGAAAGCCAGCAGCUAUCUUUUACUCGAACCGCCUGGCUGGGGAAACUCUAAAUACACGAGUGGGUUAUUGCUCUUGGCGACUGAGGAACAGCAGCAAGGGGAUCAUUGUGUAGUAGACGCCACGAUUCUGGAUAACAUGACAACGGAUAGAUAUUUAGUAAACGGGCAUAUGUACAAAGGCAAAUGUUUUCGCCUUUUUUAG